AUGGCCGCACCACCGCCACCAUAUAACCAAGCAUAUAAUCCAUAUCCACCACCUCCUCCAGGAUCAGUUUACACAGUUCAACCAGGAGUGCCCAUUGGACAAGGUGUUCAACCAGCAUAUGCAGUAUAUUAUCAGCAACCUCAAACAGUCAUAGUUGAUGAUUGCCAUCACCAUCAUCAUCAUCGAAAUGAAGGACAUGGCGGAGGAGGAGAUAUGUGUUGCUUAGCUGGUCUUAUGGCUUGUUUAUGUUUCCUAUGCCUGAGCAAAUAA